UAUGUUUCCGGAAGCGCACACGUGUUUGGUUCUUCACUUUAACGGUGCGAAGUCAGUAACGUUGUAACUGAAAAACGGAUAGAUUUAAUGCCACUUGAUUACAAUCUCUACGUUGGGGAGUUAUUUCGGCAUGGUCUGGAUAAGCAGAGUUUGUUUCCGGAAGUAUGGCAACUUUGUGGAUAAUAUACGGCUUUAUGUGAGGGGUGGGAGUGGAGGAAUGGGUUUGCCCCGUUUAGGGGGACAUGGAGGAAACGGCGGAGAUGUUUUGGUGGUGGCCAAAAAAGACAUUACAUUGAAGCAAAUCAAGGACAAGCACCCUAGCAAACGAUUCGCUGCAGGUGCUGGUUCAAACAGCAGUAUUCAAGCUCUGAGAGGGGCUAACGGAGAGGACACCCAGGUCUUUGCACCUGUUGGGAUCAGUGUUACAACGGAUAAUGGCAGAAUCUUAGGUGAGCUGAACUGUGAAGGAGACAGACUUUUGGUGGCUAAAGGGGGUCGUGGUGGCACUCUUCACUCCGGGUUCUUACCCAGUAAAGGUCAAAAUAGACAUAUACGUCUGGACCUUAAACUCAUUGCAGAUUUUGGACUUGUAGGGUUUCCUAAUGCAGGAAAAUCCUCCUUGCUGACUGCCUUGUCUCACGCCAAACCAAGGAUCGCCAACUACCCCUUUACAACUUUAAGACCUGAAAUUGGAAAGGUUAUGUAUGAUGACCAUAACCAGGUUUCAGUAGCAGACUUACCAGGACUCAUUGAAGGUGCUCACAUGAACAAAGGCAUGGGACACAAAUUCCUCAAGCAUGUGGAGAGAACCAAGCAGCUCAUGUUUGUGGUCGACAUCAGUGGGUUCCAGCUGGCUAGUAAAACUCCAGUGAGGUCUGCGUUUGAAACCGUGGUUCUUUUAACCAAGGAACUGGAGUUGUAUAAGGAGGAGCUGUUAGGCAAGCCAGCAAUCCUGGUCAUAAAUAAAAUGGACCUCCCCGAGGCUCAGGGUCAUCUCAGAGAACUGGAAGCUCACUUGGAGAACCAGGAAGAAUCAAGCCGUCUUUUCCCUAAGGAUGUCAUCCCUAAAAGCCUAAUGCAUUUCACCCACAUCAUCCCAGUUUCAGCCACAACUGGCCUUGGUCUGCCCUUGCUCAAGUCCCUCAUCCGCCAAUCACUUGAGGAGCAGGAUGCCAUAGAAACUGAGGGUCAGCGCCAUGAGAGGCUACUCAAGUUAAGAAGGGAGAUUCCCAAACCAACUAUACCCAACUGGGGGUUUCCUCAACCGACCUGAGCUCCCACAUACAGGUUACAGUAUAGGCAACCCAUAAAUAAUCAUGUCAAACACACAAUAUGCGUGAAAGAACAUAAACGGCACAUAUUAUUGCUUGACUUUAUAGUCUAUUUUAUAGACAAUUUUCUGUGCCCUAUAUGUGUUUAAAUGUUGCAUUCUGACACCAAAAUGCUGACCUUUGUGUCCGGGUAAGCUUUCAUGUAACGCAUUGCUUGAAGUUGGUUUUAGCUGCUCUCCCAAUCUGAUCAUGCUGGUCUGGGUUGCUGGUUUUAAAGGCGUUUUGGUAACUUGUCAGCUGGUCCUACCAUCAGAAGAGGGUGGGAGACCAGAUUAAAAACUGGCCAUUACAACAAAAUAAUAUUUUUCCCCGCACAGUAAGAUGGCUAAAAUGCUCUCUUUGAAAAUGAUUAAUUUCUAUAAUUUAUAAAAAAGUGAGCACCUUUUAUAGCUAGUCCUUGUUCUUGUUCAGUUGGCCUGUUUUUCAAUAGAAUCAGAACUCUACUGCCCUCUGCUGAUUUUUUUUGCCACUGUUUGUGUUUUAUACCUUCAUUGAUUUGUUUAAUGCUAGAUUAUUCUGUACCAGAGUAAAAUCAGGUGAAACGCUUGCAAUGAAGCCAGGAAUUAUACGUUCAGACCUAUCUUUUGUCUGUCAUAAAUGUUAAGUUUUUUUUGCAGACAAGUCACAUCUCUACCAACUGCCACUAGAUGCUACUAGAACCGUGCAGAUAGUUUGCAGGCCAAACUGGAGCAUGUAGGCUACUUUUCAUGAUAAACUCAAACAGUGGGCAGUUUCAGAGGUUGUACAUGCUUUGAUCUUUGUAUAAUUUGCAUGUGUUAUUAAAUCCUUUCAACACUUAGAAAAGCUAA